GAACACACUCUCACCAGAUCAAACAGAAAGACCGCUGCUUGAUUAAUGGCACUCUCUUCUUCUUCAUCUACUCAAAAGACAUGGAUCGUUCACGGUAUCUUAGCCGGAACAGCGAUCGCAGCGGCGAUUGGCGCACGUGCCUAUCUUGGUCGAUCCAGGAAAUUCCGGAGCCGGGUCGUCGGAAUCAUCCCCGCCCGUUACGCUUCCUCUCGAUUCGAGGGCAAGCCUCUCGUGCAAAUCCUCGGCAAACCCAUGAUCCAGAGAACUUGGGAGAGGUCGAAGUUAGCUUCUACGCUUGAUCACGUUGUUGUAGCAACGGAUGAUGAAAGGAUUGCGGAUUGCUGUCGUGGGUUUGGUGCAGAUGUCAUCAUGACUUCAGAGUCUUGCAGAAAUGGUACUGAGCGGUGCAAUGAAGCACUUGAAAAAUUGGAGAAGAAGUAUGAUGUGGUUGUUAACAUUCAAGGAGAUGAACCACUCAUUGAGCCUGAGAUUAUAGACGGUGUUGUCAAAGCACUUCAGGUAGCACCUGAUGCGGUGUUCAGCACAGCGGUGACGUCAUUGAAACCAGAAGAUGGACUUGACCCUAACCGAGUCAAAUGUGUAGUGGAUAACUGUGGCUACGCUAUCUAUUUCUCCAGGGGUUUGAUUCCUUAUAACAAGAGUGGUAAAGUCAAUCCAGAUUUUCCUUACAUGCUUCAUCUUGGAAUACAGAGCUUUGAUUCAAAGUUUCUCAAAGUAUAUUCGGAGCUUCAGCCAACACCAUUGCAGAUAGAAGAGGAUCUAGAGCAGCUCAAAGUCCUUGAAAAUGGCUACAAAAUGAAGGUUAUAAAGGUGGAUCAUGAAGCUCAUGGAGUUGAUACACCUGAUGAUGUCGAAAAAAUCGAAUCUUUAAUGCGCGAAAGAAACCUCCUCUAGUCCACAUAAUACAGAGAUCCUAUGCAUAAUGUCUCCACUGUCUACAAUAGGCUAAUUCUCCCUAAAUAUUAUCUGUUACUUGUUUGUAAACAUUAUGCAAGUAUGGCGACUAAGUUUAAAAGCGCAAUCAGAAACGAACAAUACAAAGA